CUGUGGCGUCACGUGAUCAGGCUAAAACGAGCUGCUCACGCGCGCUUCAUUUGUGAGGAGCUGUGUUUGGUUGAAGCUUGAUUAUUUACUGUUGUCAGAGUGGAUGAUGGAACACGCGUCUGAUGAUGAUCAUGUGUCCACAUCGAGUUCCCCUGACCAGAGCACGCACGACAAGAACUCACAGCUGCGUGAGGAAAAUACGAGUCUGAAGGCUCAGGUUGCGCAUCUGCAGAUGAUCCUGAAUGACAUCUCUCUGUUCGACAUCGAGAAGCCCACAAUGCUGGAGGCUCUCGAUCGGUCCUGUGCGAGAGAGCAGGAACUGAAGGAGCGCGUGAAAGAGGAGGAGCGGGAAACCGAGUCCAUUCUCGACGCGCUCGCGGAUCUGAGAUACAUCCUCCAAAAUAAAAAAGUCAAGCAAACAAGAUUAGAACAUCUCAAAAGAUCUAUGUUUUCAGCCAAAUGUGCCCUGGAGGAUAUGCAGUUCCUGCUCACACAGAAAGAGGAGGUCAUUGUGAGGAGAAAUGCAGAGAUUGACGAAUUACUGGCCUUGCAUGAGAACUGUUUCGAGCACAUGAAGGCAACUGUCACGCGGAUCGAGGAGGCGCAAAAAACAAUAGAAGAGGUACGCAAAAGGGGGCGUUUGCGCCUGCCUGGAAUUAUUUGCGAGACUUGCAUAAAGGAGAAGGAGACUGCUCCAGCUCCGGUGAAAACCGUUCCCAGUGAAGAGAGACCAUCCGAACCAGGGGGCAUGCAGAUCACACUGUACAGCUUGCCCUUCAUCAUACUCCUCCUGUUCUUUGCUAUUUCCUCCAUGAUCUCAGCAUUCAGCAGUGAAAAUACACGAGACAUCUCAUGCAUUGAUGUCCUCCUGAACAGCGUGGAGAAGCUUUUUGGUUGUGUCGGUUGUGUUUAUUGUGUUGGUCAACCAUUAUUUUAAUUUCUCAGAGGAAGGAUGCAGAGACGAAAGAAGAAAUAUCUUUACAAAAGAACAGUUUAGAGCUUGUGGAGGAAAAAAGGGGGACAGCCGGCUGGACCUGACCACUCAAACUUACUGUACCUGACUAAAAUCCACCUGAAUCAAACCUCUAACCUCAACGUAUCUCACCCAGCACAUUACAUGGCCUUUAGCAAAUGCUCUUAUCCAGAGCGACGUAUAACAAGUGAAAAAGUCCGGUACAAGAAAUGCUGAACUUCUAGACCAGAAAGUUCUAGUGCCAAGUGAACAAGUGACAGAACAACACGUGGUUACAUUAACAGAAUAUUGCACUAUCAGCAAACAGCCAAGGAAAACAACUCAACCACACAAAGGAGCCAACAAAGUACAGCUAAACAGAGAAAAAUAAAACUCUAAUGGCUAACCCCAGGCCAGACAGGAAGUACAUUACGUUUAGUAGACGCUCUUAUCCAGAGCAACGUAGAAUACACCCAGAGCAGCAGUUGGGGGUUCAGUGCCUUGCUCAAAGGGACUUCAGCCAUUCCUGCUGGUCCAGGGAAUCAAACCGGCAACCUUUUAGUCCUGAAGCGGCUUCUCUAACCGUUAGGGCAUGGUUUCCCCCAGCACACAGCUUGGGUUGGUCAAGGCUCCUAAGCAGUUAGUGAUACAUCCUAUCUCAUUAUUGUUGCUCAGGAAGUCCUGCUACUGUGGGAUCAUCUACAAAUUGAUGAUACAGUUUGAGUCCCACUGUGCCAACAACAACGGGCUGAGCACAGAACCCUGGAAUGUGAUGGUGCAGGAAGUGUCGCGUCUAAUCCGAACAGUGUGAUUGUUUAGUCAGGAAGUCCAGGAUUCAGCCGCAGAGAUUGUCAAGAGCAUCAAAGAGAUUCCUCGGUGUUCAUCUGGCGGAGAACCUCACCUGGUCCCUCAACACCAGCUCCACAGCCAAGAAAGCCCAGCAGCGUCUCUGCUUCCUACAAAGGCUGAGAAAAACCCGUCUGUCAUCUCCCAUCUCUCUGUAGACUAUAGAGGCUUUGCAACAUCACAUGACCCCCCCCCCAUAGCAACGGUAACUAUGCUGCCAUGACAGGAGGAAGCUUGUAGUGCUUCAUUCAGAUGAGUUAGUUGUUACUGAUCAGUAUGGGAAGGUUUUGCUGCGUUUUUGGAUGUGCAAAUCAUUCAAAACGAAACAAAGACAUCAGAUUUGUUAAUUUACCAAAAAUAAUUCAUCAUCAGGGAGAAAAUAGAGAAAUUUCUCAACGUAGAAGGGGGGAAAAACAUUCAGCAGGACUUAGUGUUGAACGGAGAGAUCAGAAACUUUGUGGGAUGCUCACUUCAUUUCCAUGAAAGUAAGAAUUCCAAAAUAAUAAUAAUAAUAAUAAUUUCAGAACUGCAGCGAGGUGCUCGUUCUGGUACAGAGAAGUGGACAUGAGCUUGAGACAAAGUGCAGUGAGAUGCUCAAGCUCAUGUCCAUCUCUCUGUUGCCCCUUUUCCACCAAAGCAGUUCCAGGGCUGGUUCGGGGCCAGUGCUUAGUUUGGAACCGGGUUUUCUGUUUCCACUGACAAAGAACUGGCUCUGGGGCCAGAAAAACCGGUUCCAGGCUAGCACCAACUCUCUGCUGGGCCAGAGGAAAGAACCGCUUAUGUCAGCGGGGGGGCGGAGUUGUUAAGACCAACAACAAGACCGCGAAAGAUCGCCAUUUUUAAGCGACGAGAAGCAGCAGCUGUACAAACGCGAAGUCAUCCAUUACUAUUAUUGUUGUUGCUGCUGCUGCUUCUUCCGUGUUGUUUUUGCUUCGAUAUUCGCGCCAAGGUUUAUGCAAACGUAGUGACGUAACUGACGUAUACAGCGAUGUAAUGACGUGGCUCCCCUUAGCACCACGAGCUAUGGAAAAGCAAACUGGUUCUCAGCUGGCUCGCAAGUUGAACGAGUUGUGAACCAGCACCAGCCCCGAACCAGCCCUGGAACUGAUUUGGUGGAAAAGGGCUAUGUAUAAGAACAAGCACCUCGCUGCACUUUGCAUGUUUGCGAGCCAUUUUUCCCUUCUACAUUUCAAAAUCUCUCUUUUUUUUUUUACCUCCUGAUGAAUUACUUUUGGUAAAUAAAAAAAAAUCUGAUGUCUUUGUUUUGUUCAGAACGAAGCACUACAAGCUGCCUCCUGUCAUGGCUACGUAGUUACUGUUGCUACGGGGGUCACAUGACACUGCAAAGCCUCUAUAUUUUCCAGACAGACUAUAGAGAGCAUACUGAGCAGCUCCAUCACGGUCUGGUUUGGGAAUUGCACCGUCUCGGCUCGCAAGACCCUGCAGUGGAUAGUGAGGACAGCUGAGAAGAUCAUCGGAGUCUCUGUUCUCCAUCCGGAAAGCCACCAGCAUUGAGGACGACCCCACACAUCCCCGCCACACAUCCCUCACACGAUCUCUUCACCCUCCUGCCGUGUGGAAAAAGGUACCGGGCCUUCAGGAUCUGAAACAGUUUCUUUCCGCAUGCCAUCAGACUCCUCAACUCUGCGGGACUGGACUGAUACACGCGCGGAUCGUUGAACACACCACUCUCACUGCAGCGUUUGCACCGUGAAGAACGAUACACAUCACUUUUUACAAUGUUUACAAUGCUUAUCAAUUUGCACAAUGUUUAAAUUUAUUUUUUUACCAUAUUGCUACCUCAAAACACACACUCAGACUUUCCGUACGUUAUCAGUAACAGGUACAGUGGAACUGGUUGCUACUGUAUUGUCUGUCUGUGCUAGUUGUCGUUUUUGCACUGUCCUUGAUGUCUGCACUUUAAAUGUUUUGCAUUUUAUGUUGUUCGUGUAGUUUAUAGUCUGUAAUGUUUGCACUCAUUGCACUUUAUCUUGUUAGAUGUAGACUUGUAGUCCUGUGAUGUUUUAUGUAGCACCGUGGUCCUGGAGAAAUGUUUCGUUUUAAUUGUGUACUGUACCCAGGGCCGUUGACAGCUUUGGCUGGGCCCGGGACAAAAUAAUCUGAGUGGGCCCCCCCACACACACAUACGCGCGCACGCACAUCGCCACACAGCAACCACCCACACCCAACACCCUCUUUUCACAGUCUCCAUUCACUCCAACCCUUAAAUAACAGGUAUUCCAAGCCCAUUAUAACAGUCAACCAUUUUAUUUCAACAUUUCUACAUAUUUACAGUUUGAACAUUUCCUUAGUCUGCAACUAUUCAGGUGCGAAAUGCAAUGCGCCGGACUUUUGCUGUGGCAAAGUCGUCAAUAAGGUCAUUGAAGUCCAGCUUCUUUGCAAGUUCGCGCUCUAUAGAGAGCAUAGCCAGCCCAUUGAGCCUCUCCUGUGACAUGUUUGAGCGCAGGUAGCUGAUAAACCAAAAUGAUUGUUUACGGGAUGGAACCGGGCCUCAAUGAGAACGGAGUUAUGGCUUUCCCAAAACCUGAACAUACAAGCAUCACCACUAGUGAUGUGUACAGUGAGUUUUUCAGUGUAUUUUUUUGUCUUGUUUUUCAUAAACGUCCUUUCCGUACUCGAUUUAGAAUGUUACAAAAAAAUUGACACCCUCCCAACCACGUAACAUUAGCCUAUCUGACCUGGGGGCUGACACGUUUAUUACGGAUAAACCAAAAGGAUUACAACGUUCCCUGGAUAUAGAACUGGACCGAGAAGAUUUCAAAAUCUUAACGUGUAAGCAACAACAAUAAAACAGAGGUUGUUUUAUUCAUUUAGGGCUUAUUAGGCUACUUUCAUUAAUUGCGCUUUUCAUACAGGCCUAUCAUUUUUCACUUGAGCAAGGGAAUUGUUUGAAGAGUAUCCAGUCUAAGCAAAAGUUUAAUGUUUUGCAACAGACUAACCUCAAAACACCCCAUUUAUAGCCCAUUCGUUACAUUAAACUCUAUCUAGCUGGCAAUUUCACAUGCCGUCGUAUCUACACAGGAUGAUUUCCAACAAAAUAAGGUUUAAUUAACAAGAGGCAGCGUUCCACGGGCUUUCAGCUAACCGGAGUCCAGCUCAGCGCAGCUCAGCAAGCGUGCCUAAAACAUUUGGAUAUGAGUGCGGGCCAAUGUGCUAUUCUUUGCUUCAUUGAGAUAUAUGCAACACAGUGUUAUUAAACCGAUAUGUUUAUGAAAUAAUUCAAUGCCCUGUGCAUUUCAGUGUUCACUCAGUGUACCCUGCUAUCCCCUACUUUAUAAUUAUGAAUGGCGCGUCGCGCGUGCUGGGGUUACAUUACGGGGCUGGAAAAAAGUUAUGUGUCUUACCUGGCUCAGCUAAAUAUCUAUGCAGUGAGCCCCUGAGGCUCUUGGCUUCUUCAUCUCUUUUUUCUUUUCUUUGCUCCUGACUUGUGCAUGUUGGCAAACGGGCUCGCAUGCUUAUUGUCGAAGUGUUGUGAUGGAAUAGUGCCGUGUUAUUUGGCGCCUUAAUCAAAGACCAAACCAUUUCUGCAUUAGGGGUGGUAGGUGGGUUCUUGAAUCUAUUUUCGAAGACAAUAAAGGCAAAAGAACCAGAAAUCAUUCAUUGAAUGCAAAUAUAGCACAUUUUUCUCCCCCAAAUCACAUUUUGAAAUGAAACAGAAUGAUUAAUGGCAUCUUCAUGAGGGACCAGUUCUGGGCCCCCCCCUCAUGCCUGGGCCCGGGACAAAAUACCCGGUUGUCCCCCCCUGUCGACGGCCCUGACUGUACCAACUGUAUGUGCUUGAAAUGACAAUAAAAAAAGCCUUGACCAGAGGGAGGGAGUGAAGUCCAGUAGGUUUGAUUGAUUUGGGGCCCUUUUUCAUCCAGAGCCCUGAACUACAGCCCUGGCCUUACUCUACUCUGCACUAUACUGAACUAACAAUAACAUUGGCUCCAGCUCACACACAACCCUGAUGGAUAUGGGGUGUAGACAAUGGAUGAGUAAAUAAACAAACAAAUUAUUUUUCAUCAUCAUA